AUGAUACAAAAUCUUCCUAAUGAAUUACAAAUUGAGAUUUUAACCUACGUUGUCAUAGAAGCAAAUUUUCAAAAUUUUUGCACUCUUCGAAUUGUUUGCAAAAAGUGGAACACAUUCGUUCCUUUAAUAAUUCACGAAGCUGCUACCUCUAGGUUAAAUUCUGGUUUAAAAGUUGAAUUAACUUGUUGGAAUGAUACCAAAUGGAUUAAAAAUAUGAUAAAAAAUUUGGCACCAAUUUAUGAUGAUUAUACUAAGACAUUUACAUUUUUAUUUGAUAAUCCUGAAGAUAACAUCAGCGAAUAUCUCAAUGAUAAAAUUAGUUUUAUAGCAUUCGUCGAAAGGAGUGAAGAUGUCCCGAGUCCAAUUAAGCUUGGAGCCUAUUUAGGUGACUUGAUUUUUCCAGAAAUCAUAAAUAAUGAUGUAUGUAAAUACAAAUUCGAUUAUCGAAAUAACGUAUGUUUCAAACGGGAGAUCAAAGAUGAAGAUAAGAGUAUUGGUCGU